ACUUUGCACAGGUGAUCCUCGCCCUUUUGUUGACUCAACCCUAACCUUUAUUAUCUAAUGGAUGGUGGACUCUCCGUUACACGGAACCCGAGUUUCGCCACACCGGCGGCGCCGAUGGAAAUGAAAAGCUGAUCACUGACCGCAACUGCACACCAAAUCUGCUGUUUUGCGGUCGCUCAACAUGUUGUCGCGAAAUUUAGCCGGUCAUUGACAUUUUUAGGGUUGUCCUGCCCAAAUACCAUAUGGAUUCCAUACCGUCUACAUGGUAUCUUCGCCUUAACGGCUCCGUUGCUGAAAGAUAAGCAACAAUUAAGGAUCUGAUGGAAAACAGUGUGACUGCAUUACCGCUUGGAAGAAUAUGCACUACCUGAACGGCAAUCAACGCAGCGGAUACUUAUUGUCAGGACAUGCAGGCACGAAGUGGUUAUUCUGACAUCGCAGGAAAACGCCCCUUUCAAGGAUGACGUUUGGGACUGUAGCGAGGAUUUCUAUCCUCCUUCCCCUCUAUAUCCUGAUUGACACAGUCAUUGCUGAGCCUUAUGUAGAAGGCGAUCGAAGAAUAUUCCCCGCAGAUGCUACUAACGUUGAACUCCACACCUACACUGGGGACAGUGGAGUGCCAGACACUUACAUUGUCAAACUAAAGCAGGAAGUGGACCCACAAACCGCAUCAACAUUUGUGGAUAAUUUGAAGUCCGAACCAUAUUCUGUCACAAAUGGACGUAGCUCUGCCUUUGAAAAUGACCCCUCGGUCGGGGUGAUGAUGGACUUCGGGGACACGAAGAUGGUUGUAGUCGAAACACAAGAGGAGGGUCUCCGUCUACUACGGCGCAGGGUGGACGUGGUGGAAGCCAUCUACCAGGACAGUAUAGUGACCACGGCACAGGCACCAGUAUGCCACGUCCCCUGUGAGUGUCCGGCGGCUGAGGAACCUGUGGACAACAACGUAUGCCCACCGAAGACGGCUGCAACAGACUGGGGCCUUGACAGGAUUGAUCAAACGAAUGGCCAACUGGACGGCAAAUUCAAUGUCAUGGGUACCGGAAGUGACGUCAACGUCUAUAUUUUUGAUUCAGGGAUUUACGCGGAACAUCAAGAAUUUUCAAACAGCGACGGUUCCACACGUGUUUCUGAGGGUUUCAAAGCCUUGGACAGCUGGAACUUUACCGACAUCUAUGGACAUGGCACCCACGUGGCCGGGAUUAUUGGCGGGAAAACAGUGGGCGUGGCCAAAAACGUCAAUCUUAUCAACGUGAAAAUACUAAAUGAUGCUGGAUCUGGGCAAGUCAGUUGGGCCAUAUGGGCGAUGUACGAAGCAGCGUUUCCGAUACUCGCCACUGGUCAGAAGUCUAUUAUGGUGCUGGCAUUGCAGUCCAGUCGCAACGAUGCUUUUAAUGAUGUGAUACAGACAUUUACUAAUUAUGGUGUGACAAUAAUAACGGGGUCUGGCAACAAUAAUGGCCUGUCAUUUUACCAAUCCCCCGGUAGUUCGGAAGCCGCCAUCACUGUUGGUGCAUCAGCCACAGGAGACACCAAGGCCAUCUAUUCCAACUAUGGGCCCGAGGUAGACAUUUGGGCUCCGGGCACGGACAUACUCAGUAGCACAACCGGCUCCCCGGACGCCUACGACCAAGGUAGCGGUACAUCAGUUGCUGCCGCUUUUGUUGCUGGCGCGGCCGCCGCCUACAUGAGCUCGCUGGAUUACCGACCUGCGCCAGCAGAAGUGGCCGCUUAUCUCAUUCAGCAGGCCGCUGACAACGUGGUCACUGACAGCCCGACUCAGCACAACUGUCGAUGGGAAGCGACAUGUUACGGAGCACAUUUCUGGAGUUGCAGAAUUAAGUGGGAUUUUUUUUCAAAAUGUCCACAACACGCCAGGCGGAGGUAUGGGCUAAGAUUGACGGUGCAAACUCUGCGACCAAUACUGUAGAAGAAAACCUGGACCUCUACAGCCAGUGGGCACCAAGCUAUGACCUAGAU